ACGGUUAUAACUCGAAUGAAUGUCUUACAUAGUAGGUUGCAACUCUUUCUAAAAUUCAUUGAGAUGACUCAAAGGUACAAAGACAAAGUUGCGUUGGUCACUGGCGGAAGUAAGGGGAUUGGCAAGGGAAUCGUCACAGUCUUUGUGCAACAAGGCGCCAAAGUUUGCUUUUGUGCUCGGGAUGAAGAUGUCGGAAAAAAACUAGAAAAGGAAUUAAAUGGGAAAUAUCCCGGAUCUUCAUUUUUUGUGAAAUGUGACGUUGCUAAAGAAGAAGACAUUAUAAAAGUUGUUAACUCUACUGUAGCUAAGUUCGGAGAAAUUGAUUGUCUUGUGAAUAAUGCGGGAAGACAUCCACCUGAUCAAAAGAUUGACGAUAUUUCAGCAGCUGAAUUACGAAGUUUGUACGACACGAAUGUUGUCAGUUACUUCCUAUUUGCCAAAUAUGCAUUGCCAAGUCUUCGGAAAACUAAAGGCAACAUCAUCAAUUUAUCAAGUUUAGUAGGAAGUAUGGGACAACCUAAUGCUGUUCCAUAUGUAUCAACAAAGGGCGCCAUCAUAGCCAUGACAAAGGCAAUGGCUAUUGACGAGGCUGUCAACGGUGUACGAGUCAACUGUAUAAGUCCGGGAAAUGUUUGGACACCUAUGUGGUCAAAACUGGCGAACGAAGCAAUAGAUACAAAUAAAGCAACCAUAGAUGGCGCCGAAGCGCAGCUGAUGGGAAGAUAUGGUUCUAUGGAAGAAUCUGGGAAUCUCGCUCUAUAUAUUGCAGCGGAAGCAACAUUCACUACAGGAGUUGAUUUCCUAUUGACUGGUGGUGCAGAAUUGAGUUAUGGCCGCAAAACAAGAGUCCAAGCUCAGAUGCCAAGCACUUUAUAACGUACUGUACAUCGGCGUUUUCACCUAUUGAGCAUUCGAGUUUUUAUAACGUUAUUAAAUCAUAUCCUCACUAUAAUAAAACCUAUAUAUAAAUUG